AUGACCACCAUUCAUGAGUCCGAAUUCAUGGACCUGGGCUUCGAGAAUCAAUGCUACCCGACAUUCGUUGUCAACGAAACAGGCCGCACAUGCUCUAUGCAAGACUCGGCAUACUCGUCACCUCGUCCCUCAUCCUCAUGGCUAUCCUCCGAGAACAUGAGCGACAGCUGUAGUGGCACAUGGUCCUCUCCGGCACCGAGUAUCGCGUACUCUCCAUCACCAAGACCGACAGACUACCGCAACUACUAUCCUGACUGGUCACAAUUGAACUCGAGCCACUUCACAUCGCUGAAUCAGGUUCAGAUGCCGCCGGACAUUCCCUCGUACUGUCAAUCUGAGACUGUCUACCAGCCCUGCCACCAGAGUCAAUACAUCCAGCCACAUGUACCCGAUGCACAACCACUGAUUGGUGUCGGAGAUUGGACACUCCCCGAGUUUCAGACACUCGUUUCCGAGUCAAUAACAGAGCCGUCACCAGCUCCAUCGUACACAAUUGCACCCAGUGACGUCUCCUCCUCCGCCUCUCCCAAACCACGAGGCCGGCCGUUGAUCAAACAAGAAGAUCCCGUCGAACAUCACCACAACUGUUUGAACUCGAUACCAAGAAAAUCUAACACUAAAUCGACAAUAGCAUACCCAUGCCCUUUCCUUCCCUACGGGUGUCCAUCAACAUUCUCGUCCAAGAACGAGUGGAAGCGUCAUCUCAACACCCAGCAUCUGUCCCUCAGCACAUAUCGCUGCGACCUCUGUAUUCCGAACCCAUCUUCCCCGCCCUCGCAAUCACAUCAGUCCAACGACUUUAAUCGCAAGGAUCUGUUUAUUCAACAUCUUCGUCGCAUGCACUGCGACAUCCCAGAUACCCCAUCUGCUCACCCGCCUGUCAAGACGAAAUACAACCGCAUUCAAAUUCUAAACACGCCCGACUCGUUGGCAGAACGAGCCCUUCGUUGCUAUAUCCCUCCACCUUCACCCCCAAUCUCCUCGAGUUGCAUCUUUUGCCCCUCUACAUUCAGUGGUUGCAAUGCAUGGGUUCAACGGACUGAACAUAUUUCCCGCCACUUGGAUCGCUGGAGAAGAGAGGGUAAAGCUGUUCCUGGUGUCAAGGAGUGGAGGAGGGAUGUGCAAGUCGAGGGGUGGUGUUUGGAGCAUGGCGUCCUUGUAUCAAGGGCCGGAAGGGACGGGAAAGCGAGGGUGAGGGUUGGCCGUGGGAAGGACCGGAGGUGUUGA